AUGGAAGUUGUUUUGUCGCGUCCCCAGGCCGCGGUAGGGCCAUCGCGACUCUGGGACGACGCCGGUGAAAAGGACUUGCAGUGCUUCAAUAUUGAUUACUUCCCGCGAGAGGAGUACAGUCCGGAUCCGAACGACUCCACGAUGGCCAUACCC